CACCUAUUUUAAGACCCUUUUCCCCAUCUCAUUUCCAUACUCCCAAAACCUCUUCUUUUUCUAAAAUAAUUCAACAUCAAACGAAGACCCUCCCAGAAAAAGAAAUGAUAGAAGACAGGCACCACCACCAUCAUCCUCCUCACCGUCAAGGAGGUGCACCCCAUGGAAUCAUUCUUGCCGUUGUAGUAUGCACGGUGGUUUUAGCUCCAUUCCUAGUUGGUGACCAAGGCGAAGCCAUAACUGAAGCUAUUACAGAGCUCUUAAGUCCAGUUGGUCUCCUCCUUUUACCCAUUAUCCUUCUCUUGACCAUUCAGUUUCUCUCCUCUGAACGUGGCUCAUUCGUCUCUACAAUCUUCUCUACUGGCGAACCCGACACCAUUCACCGGGUCAGUGGAUCGCCUGUUGGUGUGGCUCUCUUUCUCCUUCUGAUCUUGUUCUUGCUUUAUAAUCGCAUGUCCAUCUUUGGCGGUGAUGAUGAUUCCGGCGAUUAAAUGGUAGCUGCUUGCAUGGAUCUGGGUCUAGCUUAAUUACUUUUCUCUUUUUCUUUUUUCUUUUUUUUUUUUUAAAUUAUUUUUAUUGUAUACUUUGAGUAGUACGUAGGUUUUUCAUGUAUGAAAAUGAAUGCUAAUUAUUUUCAGCUUUUCUGUAUACAAAAAGAUGCCCUCCAACAGUCCAUACAUACGCAUGAAGCACUCAUUUAAAGUGAGGGUAUUAUGGUCUUUUAAGGUGAUUGUGAACUCGGCUGACCAACCGUCCACGGUGUACCUCAAAGGAGAGUGUCUCUUGUGUUUUGUCGUUGCUUUGCUGAUUCUUGAUUUCUCUGCUAGCGUUGCAGUUGCACGUGAGCACGUGGGGCCGCGUAUGAUGCUUAAGAAUGGAUGUGUACAGUCAAA